AGUUGUCCAACUGGUCUGACUGCGUACGGCAGCUACCGUCGAGGUCUAUGGUGCUGUGAACUGACCCGUAUCUGACUCUGAGCCAAGAUGGUUUGAGUGUACGUGUAUCUAAUUACUUGAUCGUAACCACGAUCGGAGAGUACAGAUUUGCCGUGAGUCUGAUUCAUAUGCAUGAUGACCUUGAAUAUGUGCAGUCGUGGGGUCAUGGCCGCCAUUUUGUUCAUCUUCAUGGUGGCGUCAACUUUGGUAAGAGCUGUCAACAACAACGGCAAACAACUCUACCACAAUGGCGGGGGAGAACCAGCCAGUGAAGCACGAAUACACGCGCUCGAGAGCAUUUUGGACAGUUUGUCAGCGUUUUAUGAGAAAACCCCCAAACCGGCUCUACCGGAGGACGGGGACCCGUUUGGAGCCUACGACCCUCUCAGAGCAUCAGAGACUGGGACAGAGGACGAGGAUGACCAUAAAGAGGACCCAGGGAAAAAGAUAGAAACGGUUGUGAGGCAAAGAAGGAUGUUAUAUUGAUGGCAAUGUUAGCGUGUGCCGCAAGGUGGCGCUGUGGAAUUGAUGAUGAUGCAUAUGUUGUACCUUGUCCUGCACCUCAGUGUAGUUGAUAAAGCCUCAUUUCGUUCCAUUGAUCUUAGAUUUCCCAUUCCAUUGUUUAUUGCUCGACUCUGUAUUUAUGUAUUCGAAGAGAAGCUAUGUAUAUAUCAACCUGCCUGUGUCUCUCAAAUGAACGAUAACAACUAUCUAUGAUAGACUCCUAUUCUGUAUUUUUAAAUCUGGUCAGAGUGCACCCAAACGUCAGCCAAUCUUGGUCGGCUGGUGUUCGGGGAAAGGUUCUGAAUGUGUGACUACACAGCAAUAAGAUACGUCUGGCCUUUUACAUUCUGUGAGGAAGUAAUGAAUGACGUUGUACCCUUAGGAGGGGAUGCUGGAGACCUUUUACUAGUAUACUGUUAUUGUUCCAUAAAAGUCGCCUGCACUUAAGGUUUGCCUCGUAACAAUGUAAGGCCGUGUACCCGAUUUCAUUAGUCAUGCUCGGUCAGAUUAUGGUUGUCUUUACUGCCGUCUGGCUUAUCAAACGCUGUAAACAAUAAUCAAGACCCAUAAAGAGCAGGAUUUGGGGAGAGAUACGGGCGGAAUCACUGCAGAACCAACACAGGAGUUUUACACAGAUUGUUUUAGGGCCAGGCUGUAAUGUCUAAUGCCACUUUGUCAACUUGGCGCCAUUUUUCUGUCUCCCUCGUUCCAUACGGGAUAUAAAACUCAAACAGAAACAAUUAUAAUUCUAAACUGUGUUCAGAUUUACAAAGAGACGUAAAACUUUGCUUAGUAAAGAUGUAUUUUGUACGCUAUAUUGAAUUAUCCUUGUCAACAUGUAAGGGGUACUAGAUGAACUAGGAAUCUUUAAUA